GGAGGGACCCACAAAUUUUCUUAUUUUUAUCAAAACUGUACUGUCAUACUCUUAUUUCAUAUGCACCUUUCUAUGAACAGUCCCCUCUCCCUUUCACUUCUCACCCUGCAUUUAUAAUAGAGCAUCAUUCUGCUUCCUGCUUAUACUUUAGCUUACUCGUCUUUUUCCUUCAUGGCUUUGAUAACUCUGUUUUCUAUUUUAUUCUUUAUGCUAAUGGCCUCUUCAAGCAAUGCCUACUGGCCACCUUCACCUGAUUACAGGCCAAGUUCCAAAUUCAGGCCUGUGAACUUCUAUAGAGGGUUUAAUAAUCUUUGGGGUCCUCAGCACCAAAGCAUAGACCAAAAUGCAUUAACAAUAUGGCUUGAUAGCUCCUCAGGAAGUGGCUUCAAGUCAAAUCGACCAUUUCGAUCCGGUUACUUUGGUGCUUCCAUUAAGCUCCAUCCUGGCUAUACUGCAGGAGUUAUAACAGCUUUCUAUCUUUCUAACAAUGAGGCACAUCCGGGCUUCCAUGAUGAAGUGGACAUUGAGUUUCUUGGGACAACAUUUGGAAAGCCUUAUACUUUACAGACCAAUGUUUAUAUAAGAGGGAGUGGGGAUGGCACAAUUAUUGGCAGAGAAAUGAAGUUCCACCUUUGGUUUGAUCCUACCCAAAACUUUCAUCACUAUGCUAUACUUUGGAGUCCUAAGGAAAUAAUAUUCCUUGUGGAUGAUAUUCCCAUAAGGAGGUACCCUAGGAAGAGUGCUGAAACAUUUCCACUAAGGCCAAUGUGGCUUUAUGGUUCAAUAUGGGAUGCCUCAUCAUGGGCAACAGAAGAUGGUAAGUACAAGGCUGAUUACAGAUACCAACCUUUUGUUGCAAAGUACACCAACUUCAGGGCUGGUGGUUGCUCAGCCUAUGCCUCUCGUCGGUGCCGCCCGGUCUCGGCCUCGCCAUAUCGCUCCGGUGGCUUGACCAGACGCCAAUAUUGGGCCAUGAGAUGGGUGCAAAAAUACCACAUGGUCUAUAACUAUUGCCAAGACCCCAAAAGAGAUCACAGACUAACACCUGAGUGUUGGGGGUAACACGUCCAAAAGUGAAUUUCUACUAUAAAGUUAUGCAAUAUUUGGUAUGCUAAAUCAUUUGUUGGUUCAUAUAAAUAGAAUAAUUAUGUAUUUUGUUACACUAAAUCCGAGUAAUGUGAUGUGUUUGUGGUAAAGUAAAUUUGAAAGUCAGAUCGGAUUUGGCGUAUAAAAGGUGCAUGAUUGUUUUUUACUUAUAUAUGGAACUAUAAGUGAUUUUUCACUUGAAGUGUUGCAUAAUUUUAGAGCAGAAGAACCAAGCUCUCUCUAAUCACUACUUUGUGUGAUUUAUUAUAUAUGUUGUGCUAUCUUUUAGAAAGUUAAUUUUUUUUUUAUAUGGAGAUGACUUGAGAUGGGGCCCAUCCUUGACAACAACAUUGUUGCAAGUGUACGGAUUGAGAGUCCAAUGAGGGAGGGUCCUCCUAGAGAAGAAAUUUGGUAAGAUUGUGUGGAUUUUUCGCUUUGUUACAUUUCUCUUUCGGGUUAGAACAAGCAAAAAGGAAGAAAAGAGAAAAAAAAAAUAACAUCAAUGUGUAAUGAAGAGAGAUUAGGCCGAGUGGGAUUGGCCAUGUUGGUGAGUGCGAAUAUUAUAAGCACACUCUUCAUUUUAUAAUAAUGUCAUUGUGAUUUUAUUA